AUGCUACCUUCUAAUGCAUUGGAUGCCAUCAGGUGUUGUGGCCCAAUCAUAUUCCCUAAUAUAUUUAUGUUAUUAAAAAUGUUGUGCUGUCUACCUGUUUCUACUUCAACACCAGAAAGGUCUUUUUCUGGCUUAAAAAGAAUAAAAACCUACCUCAGAAACAGUAUGAAAGAGGAACGUCUCAAUGGUUUAGUGUUACUGAGUUAUUAUAGGAAUGUUGUUAUCACGCCAGAUGAAGUAUUAAAUGAAAUGGCAAAGAAGCCGAGAAAAAUUGACUUAGUGUUAUAA